AUGCUUCUCCCGCGUCGCGACCAAGAUCAACCUACUGCCCCUCCACAUUCCAAAUCGCCCCUCGCCACUCCACUCCCCCACGUGGGAAUCCCGGAAGGGGGAGGCGGAGGGGGGGGCGGGGGCGGGGGCGUGGGGGGAGCGCCUCCGCCAACGAGCACUAUUUACGUGGCGAAUCUGCCCCCGGGCGCGGAUGAGGAGCUGCUGGCGGAGCACUUCGGCACCAUCGGGCUCAUCAAGAGGGACAAGCGCACGGGGCGGGCGAAGGUGUGGCUGUAUCGCGACAAGGAGAGCACGGCGCUCAAGGGCGACGCCACUGUCACGUACGAGGACCCCUUUGCUGCCGUCCUCCUCCAUCCCCGUUCUCCUCCCCCUCCUCCCCUCAACCUCCACCUUCCCUUUCCCCGUUUCCUCCACUCCCCCCUUCCCCCCCACCCACCCCAUCCCCCCUCCUUUCCCCCCCCGUCCUCCCUCCUUCCCCCCCCUGCACCCCUCCCACAGAGGGACAAGCGCACGGGGCGGGCGAAGGUGUGGCUGUAUCGCGACAAGGAGAGCAUGGCGCUCAAGGGCGACGCCACCGUCACGUACGAGGACCCCUUUGCUGCCGCCGCCGCCGUCGACUGGUUCCACAACAAGGACUUUCACGGCCGCACUAUUGCUGUCUCGCUCGCUCAGACCAAGCAUGGCAGUGCGGGUGGUGCCGGGGGAGGGGGGAAUGGGUUUGGGCAUUCCGGGGAUGUGAGCGGGAGAGGCGAGGAGGGGGGUGGCGGAGGGGAGGUGAGGGGCGGUGGUGGUGGUGAUGGUGGGGCGGUAGCGGCGGCAGCGCAAGGGAAGCCGUGGCAGCAGCAGGGGGACUGGAUGUACACGGCUGGGUGGGAUUGCUCUGGCAUGGGGAGAAUGGAUGGGGGAGGAAGGGAAUGCAUGGGAAAAGUGUGGUGGGGUGGUUGGGUGGUUCGUUCCAUAGUGCUGGUUUUGCUGUGCGGCAAUGUGAACUUUGCCUUUCGGGGGGAGUGCAAUCGCUGUGCCACGCCCAGACCAGCAGGGGGAGGGGGAGGCGCAGGGGGAGGGGGAGCAGGCAUGGGGAGGGGGGGAGGCAGAGGGGGGAGAGGGGGCGACUCUGGGAGAGGGGGUCGAGGAUUCGGGGGUCCCCCAGGGCUGUUCGGACCAAUGGACUGGCCGUGCCCCAUGUGUGGCAACAUGAACUGGGCAAAGCGCGCCAAGUGCAACAUCUGCAACACCAGCCGCCCUGGGACCAGCGAGGGGGGCGCCAGGGAGGGCCGUGGUGGCGGGUACAAGGAGCUGGAUGAAGCCGAGCUAGAAGAGACGAGGAAGCGACGCAAGGAAGCCGAGGAGGACGAUGGGGAGAUGUACGACGAGUUUGGCAACCUCAAGAAGAAGUUCCGCAAGAAGCUCGCUGCUGAUGCUGCUGCUGCAGCAGCUGGCGGGGCAGGAGGCAAAGGGGGUGGGGACGGCGGGGCGAGUGGAGGGGAGGGAGCGGGUGGGAAGGAGGAGGGGAAGAUGGGGAAGGCGCUGUGGGAGGAGGAUCUGAAGACCAUUCAUCGACAGGGCAGCCGCAAGAAUCAGGAUUCGGAGCGACGGAGCAAUGCCCGGCCGUGGGAGUUGCAAGAGGAGGAGGAACAGGAGAGGCGUGGAGAGGGGAGGGACCGUGUGAAUUGA